AUGGCUUCUUCUGCUGUAAACAAUAGUAAUACUGACGAAUAUGAUUUGGAUGCUCAAGAAUAUUAUUCUAAACAAAAAACAUUAGAAUUACGUGCUAUUCAUAUUCCAACUUGUACGGAGCUUUUCUAUCGUGAAAAUCCACUUAAAAUUAUUCGAUGCAAAGGAACAUAUAUGUAUGAUGAAUUAGGCAAUAAAUAUUUAGAUUGUAUUAAUAAUGUUGCGCAGGUGGGUCAUUGUCAUCCAUAUGUGAAUAAACAAAUCUAUAAACAAAUGUGUUUAUGUGCAACAAACAAUCGUUAUUUACACGAUAAUACUGUUAUUCUUGCUGAGAAAAUUUCGAAAACAUUACCAAAAGGUCUUGAACAAGUGUUUUAUACAAAUUCAGCAUCUGAGGCGAAUGAUUUAGCCAUUCGCUUAGCUCGUGAAUAUACCGGAGCUUUUGAUAUUCUUGUACUUGAUAAUGCCUAUCAUGGUCAUUUAAUAAGUGUGGUCGAACUAUCUACUUAUAUCUAUAAAAGAAUGACCAAUCAUGCAAAAAUACCUGAACAUGUUCAUGUGAUUCCAACACCUGAUGUGUAUCGAGGAAAAUUUCGCGAUAUUGAUUAUAAUUAUGACGAAGCUAAAUUAUGUCAAUUGUAUGUUGAUGAAAUUCGUCGAACUGUGGAAGAAGCUGAAGCUCGUGGUCGUCGUAUAGCAAUAUUUUUUAUUGAAACAUUACAAUCGUGUGGCGGACAAAUUAUUUAUCCAAAAGGAUACCUUAAAAAAACAUUCGAUUACCUUCAAUCCAAAGGUAUUUUAUGUCUUGCUGAUGAAGUACAAACAGGUUUCGGUAGAAGUGGUACACAUUUUUGGUCAUUUGACUCCUAUGAAGAAGGUGUGAUUCCUGAUUUUGUUACAUUGGGCAAAUCGAUGGGUAAUGGAUUUCCUGUUGCUGCAUUAGUCACACGUAAAGAUAUUACGAGUAAAUUCGAUGAAGAUGGUGUGGAAUAUUUUAAUACCUAUGGUGGUAAUCCUGUUAGUUGCCGUGCAGCUAUUGCUGUUCUUGAAGUUAUUGAAAACGAACAUUUACAAGAAAGUGCCUAUACAGUUGGCCUGUAUUUUUUGAGUAAAUUAAAAGAACUCGAGAAAAAAUAUACACUUAUUGGUGAUGUACGCGGUCGAGGACUAUUUGUCGGUAUUGAAAUUGUCAGCGAUCGAGAAAAACGUACACCGGGCAUUGAAGAAGCCAAAGAAAUCAGACAGAAAUUUCGUGAAAACUUCGUAAUCAUCUCACUUGAUGGACCUGAUUAUAAUGUGGUUAAAUUUAAAUCACCGAUGACUUUUUCAAUAGAAGAUGUCGAUUAUUUUUGUAGUACACUAGAGAAAAUACUCAAAGAUAUGGAAAAAAAAUAA